GGACNCGGGGUCUCGGAGCAGCGCCCCGCCCCCGGCCCUGGCCCCGCCCUCCUUGGCUGCUCUUAAGCCCGCGCCACAGGCGCCGCCGGUUCCGUCGUCCGCUCCUUGCGCUCGGACUCCGCCGAAGUCUGCUCAAUCCUCUCCGUGCGCUUCGGUACCCACGCAGUCCUCCCAGUCCGCCCUCCGCUCCAGCCCCGGGCUCACGUCUAGUCCGGCGCUCUUCGGGGUCUCCGCGUCUCGCGAGAAGUCCUCGCCGCAGGCCUUCGGCUCCCGGGUUCAGGGGCGGAUGGGGGACCGCGGAGCGAGGCCNGGGCGGCUGAUGCCCAUGCUCGCCCUGCUCUCCUGGGCGGCCAGCCUGGGCGUGGCGGAGGAGACGCCCGAGCGCAUCCCUGCAGAUAAAUUAUUAGUCAUAACUGUCGCAACAAAAGAAAAUGAUGGAUUCUACAGAUUUAUGAAUUCAGCCAAGUACUUCAAUUACACUGUGAAGGUUCUUGGUCAAGGUCANGAGUGGAGAGGUGGUGAUGGAAUGAACAGUAUCGGAGGGGGCCAGAAGGUGAGAUUACUGAAAGAAGCUAUGGAGCACUACNCCCGUCAGGACGAUCUGGUCAUCUUGUUUACCGAGUGUUUUGAUGUUGUAUUUGCUGGUGGGCCUGAAGAAGUUCUUAAAAAGUUCCAAAAGACAAAUCAUAAAAUCGUCUUUGCAGCGGAUGGGCUGCUGUGGCCAGAUAAGCGGCUGGCAGACAAGUACCCUGUUGUGCACAUUGGGAAACGCUACCUGAAUUCUGGAGAUGAAGUUGUUUUAAAGUUUGAAAAUGGUAAAAGCAGAGUGAAGAAUACAUUUUAUGAAACACUGCCAGUGGCAAUUAAUGGAAAUGGGCCCACCAAGAUUCUCCUGAAUUACUUUGGAAACUAUGUUCCAAACUCAUGGACACAGGAAAAUGGCUGUGCGCUCUGUGAUGUUGACACAAUUGACUUGUCUACAGUGGAUGUCCAUCCCAAGGUUACACUGGGUGUUUUUAUUGAACAACCAACCCCCUUUCUACCUCGAUUCCUGAACUUACUCUUAAGACUGGAUUAUCCCAAAGAAGCCCUUCAACUCUUUAUUCAUAAUAAAGAAGUUUAUCAUGAAAAGGACAUCAAAGUGUUUGUUGAUAAAGCUAAGCAUGACAUCAGCUCUAUAAAAAUAGUAGGACCAGAGGAGAACCUAAGUCAAGCAGAAGCCAGGAACAUGGGCAUGGAUUUCUGCCGUCAGGAUGAAAAGUGUGAUUACUACUUUAGUGUGGAUGCAGAUGUUGUUUUGACAAACCCAAGAACUUUAAAAAUUUUGAUAGAACAAAACAGGAAAAUCAUUGCUCCUCUUGUGACACGUCAUGGAAAGUUGUGGUCCAACUUUUGGGGAGCACUGAGUCCUGAUGGAUACUACGCUCGCUCGGAAGAUUACGUGGACAUUGUUCAGGGGAGCAGAGUAGGAAUCUGGAAUGUCCCAUACAUGGCUAAUGUGUACUUAAUUCAAGGAAAGACACUCCGAUCUGAAAUGAAUGAAAGGAACUAUUUUGUCCGUGAUAAGUUGGAUCCCGAUAUGGCUCUUUGCCGCAAUGCUAGAGAUAUGACCUUACAAAGGGAAAAAGACUCCCCUACUCCGGAAACAUUCCAAAUGCUCAGCCCCCCAAAGGGUGUGUUUAUGUACAUUUCUAACAGACAUGAAUUUGGACGGCUGUUAUCAACUGCUAAUUACAACACUUCCCAUCUUAACAAUGACCUCUGGCAGAUUUUUGAAAAUCCCGUGGAUUGGAAGGAAAAAUAUAUAAAUCGUGAUUAUUCAAAGAUUUUCACUGAAAAUAUAGUCGAGCAGGAUAGCCGCAUAUCGGGUGGUUAUGAAAAUGUCCCAACUGAUGAUAUUCAUAUGAAGCAGAUCGGUCUGGAGAAUGUUUGGCUUCACUUCAUCCGAGAGUUCAUUGCUCCAGUCACACUGAAGGUCUUCGCAGGCUAUUAUACAAAGGGAUUUGCACUGCUGAAUUUUGUAGUAAAGUACUCACCGGAAAGACAGCGCUCGCUCCGUCCCCACCACGAUGCCUCAACCUUUACCAUCAACAUUGCUCUGAAUAAUGUAGGAGAGGAUUUUCAGGGAGGUGGAUGCAAGUUUCUGAGGUAUAAUUGCUCCAUUGAGUCCCCACGAAAAGGCUGGAGCUUCAUGCAUCCUGGGAGGCUCACACAUUUGCACGAAGGACUUCCUGUUAAAAAUGGAACACGAUACAUUGCAGUGUCAUUUAUAGAUCCCUAAGUUAUUGAGGUAACUCAAACUGAAUGGCUCUCUGAGAUGGAUGACUGGCGUGAACAUGUCUCUGAAGUUGUACUUGAGAAGACAAGAAGAAGAUUUAAAUAAUGUCAACAGAACAACAUCACUUUGGGCCAAGCAUUUGAACACUUUUUAUAUAAAAUUGUGUGAUGUCUCUUUAUGUCUGCUCUGAGCCUUAAAACACAGGUUGAAGAAGAAAAGAAAGGAAAAAAAAAACGUGAAAGUUGGUAUUUAUUUCUGUGCUUUAAUUGUCUCUGAAAAUAAUGACAGUUUAUAAAAUGUUUAGGUACAAAGGCAUAAAUGAUAAUAAGUAAGCCUGGUAAUAUGUUCUUAUUUAAGAAGAACCUGAGAAGAUUUUAUUUAUCGGUA